CGCGAAGGUGCCCCAACUUCCCGCCAGACACCGCUCCCGCUCUUCCACGCUGAGUAGGGAGAGCCGAGGCCCAACCUAGACGGAUAGACGCGGAGAUGUCUUCCUGGGACGCUGACGACUCGGCGGCGGCGUCCGCGGCCGAGGCGGCCACCACGGACGUCGAGCUGCUCAAGCGGGCGUGGCGCAACGAGAAGGCCGCGCCGGAGAUCCUCCGCUUCGACUCGCCCCUCGUCUCUCGCGUCCGCGAGCAGACCCAGCUCCUCGAGGAGACGCUGGACGACUUCGCCGACAGUGGCGUCGACGACCUGGUGGUCUCGCUCUACCAGAUGGACCUCGACCGCACGCUCUUCCUCCUCCGCUCCUACCUCCGCCUCCGCCUGCAGAAGAUCGAGAAGUACACGAUGCACAUCUCCCGCUCCGAAGACCUCCUCAGCCGGCUGUCCCAGCAGGAGCGCCGGUUUGCCAAGAGUUGCGCGGAGAUCAUGGAGAAGCAUCUGGAGCAGUCGGUGCUGUCGAAGCUCCCGUACGGGUAUGACUCGGUUUCCAGGCAGUCGCUGUCGAGCACUGAGGAUGACAUGGUGCCGGAGCCUCAGCUUGACACCUUCGUCUUCUGUAAGACCAAGGGCGACGUAGGUGCAUUCCAGCUAGAUGACAUUGGAGAGGAGGUUGUGGACCUGGUUGCUGAUGACUUGUAUGUUCUUCGGUACAAGUCCGUCAAGGGACUCAUAGAGGGUGGCCGGAUCGACCUUAUCUGACAACAAUCACCACAAGUCAGAACCUGGAACUCUGCAAGAGAGCGAGCAUGAAUUCAUGGAAAGGAAUUGCAAAGAUAACCUCAAUUGAAAGAUGCUGUCUUAUGUGCCAUGGCGUGUGGCCUAGAAUUCCUAUGCAUUUUUGUACAUGGUUGUGAUGGUACCUCCAUUUAUUAAUGAGAUCAGGGUUAUGUGAUCCCCAGUC